UAGACAGGCAGAGCUGUAUUUAUUUACAGUAAAAGCUCGUUAAUUUGAAUCGCACAGGGAUGCUAAAAAUUCUUGAAUUGAACAAAACUUUAACUAACAAAAAACGAAAUAAAAGGCCGCUUCUGCACAGGAAACACUCGGAAUGGCAGGCCUUUAUUAUCCAAAGUAAUCAAUUAUCAUCUGCUUUCUUUCUUAAAAAGUUAUGGUCAUUAGCUUAUGUUCGAGGGAACGAACCAAGCCCAAGGCAUCUUCGCCCUCUUCAAAGCUGAAGAAAAGGUGCAUGACGUUCAGUGCAUUCAUGAGCUCUGGCGCAGAUGGCCAAAUCGGAAUUUCCUCCACUUUCUCCUCCUCAUCAUCGACAUUGUUUUCCACUUUCAUGACGGGUUCGCCAACUACUUGAGCGAUGAUGUCUUCGUCUCACAGCGUCACAGAUCACCACGCUACUGUCUGCAUCGACGUAGUCGGCAAAACUCACGUCCUGCAGCAGAUCACGCAUGCACUCAAAAACAACCUCGCGCUCUCCGGUGUCGCCGGAAGCUGCCUCCGUACCCAAGACACUAAAACCGCAGAGACUGAAACAGUUUUUAAUUGUUGCGGCGGUGACUUGAUCUCAUGCACGAACCAGGAUGUGCAUGGCACUGAGGAGUGUCACAUUAUAAGUCUUGUUCCCUUUGGCCUCUCAAAGAAUCAUUCGUUCCAGCAUGUGAUGUCUGUAGAAGGACUUGAUGUUCUUGAUCACACCCCAGUCCAUGGGCUGGAGUGCUGCAGUCGUGUUUGGUGGAAGAAACACUAGUUUAAUCACCUUCAGCUCCACGUCAACCUUGUGCACUGAGCAGUUGUCUACAGUGAGCAAGGCCUGUUGAUUGCUCAAUUCAAACUUUCUGUCCAGCUUCCAAAGCCACUUCUUAAACAACUCGCCAGUCAUCCACGUCUUUGUGUUGGCUUCAUAGUCUUUUGGCAGUGUGCGAAUGCUCUUGAUACACCGAGGCUUUAUCAACUUUCCUUUACGAGCACGGCAAGCUUCUCCGUUUCACUCAUGUUUACCGUGACCAAGAUAGUGACACACUCUUUACUUCGCUUCCCGCCUGCGCAGUUGUCUCCUUUGUACGUGAUCGUUUUGUCUGGCAAGAGCUUGAAAAAUAAAGUGAUCUCAUCCACGUUGAAGAUGUCACGGGGCGUGUAGCUCUCCAGGUAGCCCUGCAGGGAUCCAUUUCGCCACAUUGCACUAGUUUCCAUGCUCACGUCUUCACCUUCACCAGACACAGUACGGAAGACGAGGUUGUGCCUCUGACAGAAGCGAUGGAACCAUCCCUCAGACACGGCAAAGUCGUGGUGUUUCAAAUGUAGGGCGGAUUCGGCUGCCUUUGUCAUAAUGAUGGAGCCACUGAGAGGAAGAUCUUAGCUUCUUUUUUUAGCCCAUGUGAUGAGUGCCUUUUCCAAAUCCAGGUGUUUGGCAGAGCGAAGUCUUUUUCUGUCAUGGGCAAAAGCUUCAGCUUCAUAGGCAUCCUUGAUUGUUUUCUUGUUGCGGACGUACGUUGAGAACGUGCUCCUUGGGAUUUCGUGCUUCUUGGCAAUCUUGUCCUUGCUCACUUUUCCUGCGUCUACUUCACGCAAAAUCUCCACGUUCUCUCUGAGCAUUUUGGCACAAUACUUUCCUCGGGCCAGUAUACCCAAUGACCACAUCGUAGUUUCUGAGCGCAUAGCACGUAGCCCGGUCCUACGGCCAACACCACCAGCCAAGUCACAAGCACAAAUGGAUCGGUGAUCGAGCAAUGGCUCAAACACGGUGGGCCUGGCUGAACGAAGCACGGAAGCAGAACCGCAGAGCUGGUAAUGCGGAGGAGAACACAGAAAGGCAGGAGGCUUCGAAAAGCGCGAAAGAAACCACUUCAGACGCCCCUAUUGGUCUCUCGAAUGCCUGGCAAAGUUGUUCUAAAUAUCUGUUUGCGCAUUCCUAUUGGCCCACAGUGGAUAUCGGCGACGCUCUCGCAUUUCCUGCAAUGCAACUGCCAUGUUUAUCAGCGCGGCUACCGCUGCGCUGCCUGUCACUUGACCGGGAAAGCUGCACACAUGGCGGUGCGCGGUUUGAAUUAUUGGUGCUGUGAACGAUUGAAGCGCGAAUGAAUGGGUUAUUUUACGCAUGUACCUCUACACAGCAUGACCGGACCAUGGCGACUGGUUUGAAUUAAUGAGUUGUGAAUUAACGAGCUUUCACUGUAUUUAUCUAUUUGUUUUACCCUCAAGGGGUGGGGGGGGGGGCAUUACAGAGGGGAGUGGGAAACAAAAAAGGCUCGGGGUACACCUCAGCACUUCUUAUGAGUUGUGAACACGAAAGGACGCACGCCACUCUUUGCUUCCUUUAAUCUGUGGCAUACAAUGGCUGACCUCGGGCGUGGAACGGUGGAGCCGCUGCCUCGCGGACAUGCAGCGCCAUCGGAGGCGGACGAAACGGAUGCCACUUCAACUAGCGAGAGCUCGGAUUGUGAAGACGCCGACGACCCAUCUUCUUCGCCCGAGCCUGCGAGUGGAGUUCAGAGAGCCACUGUUGGGGUGGAGAAAGAUCCGGUCCAAUCGGAAUGGGAGGGCUCCGGCUGCUGGAAAAGCGAUAACUCUACCCAACAACAGCUGGACCACGGACGGCACGACAAGGGGGAGAGGCACAUCUACCACUUUGGUUCUGUCUCCGGUGUCUCCAAAAACGAUGUCUCAUUGCACGAAAGGACACAGGUAGAACAGCGAGCCUUUCGGUUCUCUGUCUCUCGUAAGGCACACACUGACAGGCAUAGUUUGGAUGCUACUGCAAACACUCAAACGGACGAAGCGCCAUUGCAGUGUGCCACUUGCUCAAAGGUAUUUUCCCCAAAGGAGUCCUUGGUUGCCCCUGAAAAUAUUCAUAUUGGUGGAAAGCCCUAUGAAUGCGACACUUGUGCCAACAGAACCGUGUGGAGAUUCAGCUUUCGAAAUCAGCAAGUGGCAUACACGGACAGAAAUCACUUCAGGUGUCCAAUGUGCCCAAAAACAUUUCAGUGGAAACAUUCCUUGGAUAUUCACCAAAGCGAGCACUGUUUGAGCAAUACUCUCAGAAAAGUGCUGCCCUUUAGUUGCUUCGUGUGCAAGAAGAAGUUUGCUUGCUGGUCUGACUUGCAGUUUCAUGUAUCGACUCACAGGGUUAAAGAGGUUUUUAAACACACCACCUCUCUUAAAGCAUUUCAAAUGAAAUAUCACUCGACUGCCCAUAAAAAGGUUCGCACGGGUGAAAGGCCUUUCAAAUGCCCUUCCUGUCCUGAAGUAUUUCAAAAACAAAAUUUUUUGGUUGUUCAUAUUUUAAAGAUGCACUCGAAUGGAAGACUUUUUACAUGCUCUACCUGCCCCAGAGCAUUUUUGUGGAAGCAUGAACUGGUUAAUCAUGAGAGGAUUCACACAAAUGAAAGCCUCUUCAAGUGUCCUGCCUGUUCUAAGGCAUUUUUAACACAGGGUGACCUGCUUGAUCAUGAAAAGAUUCACACUGUUAGAAGGCCCUUCAAAUGCUCUGCCUGCCCUAAGGAAUUUCAUUAUAAGCAGUCAUUGACGAGGCAUAAAAUCACUCACCAACCAGGUUGCCCAAUCGCCCAUCGAUCCAAAGACCACAUUUCAUCAGACCCAUUUAGUAGAGGGUCUUGCAUGAGUUCUCAUGAAAGGAUUCAGCAAGAUGGCAUAGGCUGCAAACCAAGCACCACUGGCAUAGUGUUUGUUGAGGAGCCACACCUAAAUGCUCACAAGGCUGUCCCCAUCCCACCGAAAGCAUUCACAUUCGGUCUUCCCCUUCCUUUGAAGCUCCCCUUCCGGGUGAAGCUUCCUUUGAAUGUUCUCUCAAAUUACAAGGGUAAGAUCCACAAAUGCACCUCUUGUACUCUGGCCUUCACUAAUGAACGGCACCUGAGAGCCCACCAGGUAGCUCACACAAGAUGAGGGUACUUCCAAUGCCUCAUCCACUUUGAAUUUUUUGGGGAGUUGACCUUGAAUAAGUUAAAAAUGACGACAUUCCUUUGACCUUUCUUUUUCUAAAAGUUGGAUAUCCUUGGGUAUCUGCAGUAAAGACGAGGCUUUCUAUGACUGUGUUUCUUCUUGAAACAGCCGGUGUAUUGGCUGUUAUGAUUUGUACAGUACUUGGAUGUGUGUCAGAGUUACUUUGUUUUUGUUGUAACCUUUCCAUUAAUUCAAGACCAGCUUGAGAGCCUAUGAACAUAGUCUUUACUUUGGUAUGUUGUAUGUUUUUGCAACAAAGACGAUUGAAUAAAUGAGGUGCUCUUUAUCUCAGUUCUGCCCAGUCCAUGACGGUGGUGGUGUCCACAAGGGGUUGGUGAAAGAAUCCACCAGCAUUAAUCAGCACGGAAAUGCAGUCAAUAAACUCUCCAUAUCAGUGUGGACAUAGAAUAAAAAGGGUUUCCGGAAAUUCUACCGCAAAUUCCAUGCAAACAUUCCCCCCCCCCCUUUGACCAAAAGUUGCAUUUUAGGAUGUUCAUGUUUUGUUGUGUGAGCCCCUUUUUCUCUUUUUUUUUUCUCCUCUCCAAUUUUGACUUUCCGCUCUGUCUGUUGGUCUAAGUUACUGAUAACUAAGGUUUGACCCUUCUCUCACAUAGCUUCUUAGCUCCUUUAUUGUCCUUUUGUCGUUUGAGUUGAGGUUACUCUGUUUGGCACACGUGCACUGUUGGAAAUGUUCUUUCUUUUGGAAAGUUGUGCGCUGCCUUUCUUUUUUUUUUUGUGAAGGUGCUUGAAGUCUAUAGACAGGAUUUUCGUCAAUAAAUAUCAGCUGUGU